UACGUCAGCUCCGGCCUCUCUCUGGCCCCCUUCAUGCUGCAUCAUCACUGUCGCCUCCUCCUCCUCCUCCUCCUCCUCCUGCUGCUGUCGCCGCCACUACCUCCUAACUCUUCCUCCUUUGCCGUUUGCUCUCUCAGCCUCUCCCUCUCCCUGGGUCUGGCUGUGGGUCUGCGUGUGCGUGCGUGCGUGAGUGCGUGUGUGCGAGUGAGUGUGUGUGUGAGUGUGCCGGGCCCCUGCUAGGUUCCCUGGGCAUCUCGCCGCCGCCCGCCCUGUACCAGUUCGCCGCGACCUUUCUCUGCUUUCUGUUUCUUUAAAAAAAAUUUAAAAAAUAUUAUUCCAUGUCAUCUUUAUUUUAAUCUCCCCGGGUCUCUAAAACUGGUGCAGCUGGAAGCAGCAGCCUCCACCCCCUCUCCCGCCCCCGCCCCCUCCCCCCCAAAUCCGAGGAAUAUGGCGAAAGUGGAGCAGGUUCUGAGCCUAGAGCCGCAGCACGAGCUCAAAUUCAAAGGUCCCUUCACAGAUGUUGUCACCACCAACUUAAAGCUUGGCAACCCUUCUGACCGAAAUGUGUGUUUCAAAGUGAAGACUACUGCACCCCGCCGGUACUGUGUCAGACCCAAUAGUGGAAUUAUUGAUGCGGGAACAUCAAUCAAUGUGUCUGUGAUGCUACAGCCUUUCGAUUAUGAUCCUAAUGAGAAAAGUAAACACAAGUUUAUGGUUCAAUCUAUGUUUGCUCCAACGGACACCUCAGAUAUGGAAGCAGUAUGGAAGGAGGCAAAGCCAGAAGAUCUUAUGGAUUCAAAACUUAGGUGUGUGUUUGAAUUGCCAGCAGAGAAUGAUAAACCGCAUGAUGUAGAAAUAAAUAAAAUUAUGUCCACAACGGCAACAAAGACAGAAUCAUCUGUUAUGUCUAAAUCUAUAAGUUCUUCUUUGGAUGAUACUGAAGCUAAGAAAGUAAUGGAAGAAUGUAAAAGGCUGCAAGUAGAAGUUCAGAGGUUACAGGAGGAAAACAAACAAUUUAAGGAAGAAGAUGGGCUGCGGAUGAGGAAGACACUGCAGAGCAACAGCCCAGUUUCCACUUCAGCCACCAUUGUGAAGGAAGAAGGGCUUAGCACCAGACUUCUCGCUCUGGUCGUUCUGUUCUUUAUCGUUGGUGUAAUUAUAGGGAAAAUCGCCUUAUAGAGGCAGCAUGCAAAGGCUGGUAAAUUGGAUUGAUGGAUCUGCCAUAUCAUGGGAUUUAAAUUUAUUCAUAACAAAGAAAUUAAUGUAUGACAUCUCACAGGUCUUGCCUUUAAAUUACCCUCCCUUCCCCUUGCACAAAUAUAACAUAACAUAAUCUCCUAGAAAGUUUGAAAUGAGUAAUCAGGGCAAAAAAAAAAAAACAAAUGCAAAAAGAAUGAUCUUUACUAAAUGACAAGGAAAAUCAUGGUUAAUACUCAAAUGAUAUGUUGUAAAUGCAAUUUUAAACAUUUUUAGAUCUUGGUAUAUAUUGCUGGAUUACCUCUUUUAAAAUGAGAAACUUGUUCCUUGACUGCUAGAGCUCCUCCUUCAGACAGUGGAAAACAGAGCUAAGCAGAAAGGGUCAGGAAUCUCUGUAAUAUAUUAAUCCACCAUACAUACUGCUCAUAAACUUUAAGAGUUUCUGUCCUUGUCCUCAGUUCUGUGCAAGUUACCAAUUAUUUUUGGGAUAUUUAAAUGAAUCAAGUCAGAAGCUGAAAAGAAUUCAGUGACAGCAUUGAACGUGCUAGUCACCAGUAUGAGGCAUAUAUUGAUUAAUGGUACACAACAUUUUAGGAGAAGGGUCAUUGCCUUGUUCUCUUCAAGGGACCAAGCUAAACUGCUAUUGGUUCGUUUAGUUGAAUUAAACUGUUAUUCAGAGAUGUUUAAUGCCUAUUUAACUUAUUUAAUGUAUUUCAUCUCAUAUUUCCUUAUUGUCACAAGGUUAUGACUAAUGCUAUGGCAUAGAAGUCACCACUCUAAGGCUGGUGGGUUGACCUGUCAUUGCUGCUGGAGAGCUGUUGGGAUCCUUCUGUCUCCUGCUGUUUGGGGGGAGGGAGGGGCACGACAUAAAUGUGGACUUUUGAUUUAUUUGAACAUUGGAAAACAACAGUCAGGAAAUGUUUUUCUAUGUAAAUAAAUAACAUCUAUCUUGGGAAGGGAGGGAAAUUAUACCAGUAGUAAUAAUAGUCAACUCUUGAUUACCCUGCUGAUGGAAGAGGUGACCGUAGUGCAGAUAACCUUUAAAAAAAAAAAACACCUCAUUUUAAUGUCACUCUCGAAUUCAUCCUAUUUCACCUUCCCUCACUGUGCUUGACCUCAGUCCUCCCCUUUCCCCCAAUUUGGCCCUUAAUUGGAGUAGCAACAUGGAAAGUCAUCCCAGUAGUGUGGAGGGGAUGGUAUUCUAGAAGUGAUCUGGGGAGAUAGCCCUGGAGCCAACUGGAAGGCAGGAGAGAGGAGACCUGCCCCCGACUGAGGGGCUGGUGAUCAGCAGUGAGGGGGAACCUUCCCCCCAAUUAACCCACAAAGCAGAUAAUUGAGAGUUGACUGUAAAUUAGUUCUAUGCCGUAAAUGACCAAUCCUGUUGGACUAUGUAGCAUCUUUAAAAGAUAAAAAAAAAUUAAAUAAAGCCCCAAAAUUAAGAUUUCUUUUGUUAUUUUGUCACAUUUGCCAGAGAAAAUGUAUUUUUAAAUGGCAGGCACUAUCUGGUUGUGUUUCAUAA